GCUUUAUAAUGUGACGUUGCUCCACAUCGUGCACUGUGUUUCUCUCCACUCAGAGACAUAAGUUGUUUGUUGGUAUGGAAGGGAAGUGCAUUCUGGGCCUUGUGGUCCUGCUGGCUGUCUCAGCCUGGGCUGAGGAGGAGGAGGUCACCGAGGCUUUGACCACUUCAGAACGGAUCGAGAGAGCUAACAGGGAUGUUGUGCGUUCUCCUGGUGAGCCGUUCGUUGAGGACGACGUUGCGUACGAUUCUGAGGCCGAGAGAAACGCUGACCCCUGCACGUCCAGCGGCUGCAUGUGGCCGAAUUCCGCCGACGGGAAGGUUUACAUAGCCUACGUCAUCUCCAGGGUGUACUCCCCUCGUGAGGUGUCCGUCAUCCAGCGUGCUCUGGAGUCCUUCCACAGUGUCUCUUGUCUCCGCUUUGUCAGACGCAGCUACCAGAAGGACUACCUGAACAUCCGGUCUCUGAACGGGUGCUACUCCUACAUCGGCCGUCGCAGGAAUAGUCAGGAUCUGUCUCUGCAGCGCUACAGCUGCGUUUACCACCACACCGUGCAGCACGAGGUUCUCCACGCGCUCGGCUUCCACCACGAGCAGAAACGAUCCGACCGUGAUCAAUACAUCCGCAUCGUUCCGGAGAACAUCAUCCCUGGACAAGAGCACAACUUUGACAAAAUCCACACUCAGAACCAGGGAACCGCCUACGACUACGGCUCCGUUAUGCACUACAGCAAGACUGCUUUCUCUAAGAACAACCAGCCCACCCUGGUGGCCAUCCCCGACUCCAGCGUUCAGUUCGGCGUGGCCUCUGAGAUGAGCCAGAUGGACAUCUUCCGACUCAACAAGCUGUACAACUGCUGAACCGUCU